CAGGAUGGCGCUCCUCCUUACCCGUGUCCGCACCGCGUUCGCCGCUUCGGGCGUCCAUGUCCGCUCCGUCUCGCUCGUGACGCGCUUCCCGGAGACGGCGCUGGGCCUCAAGGUCCGCGACGAGAAGAAGCCCUUCUUGGACCUCCCGACGGCCUUGGCCAACUGCAAGGAAAACGCGGUCCGCAAGUUUGACGAGACGGUCGAUAUCGUGGUCGAGCUCGGCGUCGACCCGCGCAAGCCCAACCAGAGCGUGCGCGGCGUCGUGACGCUCCCCAACGGCACGGGCAAGACGGUCCGCGUCGCUGUCUUCGCCAAGGGCGAAAAGGCAGAGGAGGCCAAGGCCGCGGGUGCGACGAUUGUCGGCGCCGAGGACUUGCUUGCCGACAUCCAGGCCGGCAAGCUCGACUUUGACCGGUGCAUUGCUACCCCAGAUAUGAUGGCCCUUGUCGGUCGUGUUGCCAGAGUGUUGGGCCCGCGCGGCUUGAUGCCCAACCCCAAGUUGGGUACGGUCACGCAGGACGUCUCAGCAGCCAUUUCGGCGGCCAAGGGCGGCCAGGUCGAGUUCCGUGCCGAGAAGAAGGGCAUCGUGCACGCCGGCGUCGGCAAGGUUAGUUUCUCGGACGACGCGUUGAUUGAAAACAUCCGCGCGUUCAUGGUCGCGAUCGGCGACGCCAAGCCCGAAGGUGCCAAGGGCAAGUACAUCAAGGCCAUGCACCUCAGUAGUACGAUGGGCCCUGGCAUCCGGCUGGAAGCCCGCCUCUUGGACCCGUCGUCGCCCCAGUUUAUGCGCUUCUAA